GAUAUCUCCGUGUUUCACGGCCACUAUUAUGUGAGGAAGAAGAAAAAAAGAACAAUCCGCGCUUUCCUUCACGUAUUUGCAGGAAUAUUCUAGUCCUAUUUAUAUUUCGCUGUCAUCAAAGUGUCGCCGAAAGAGGACGUCCAGCUCCUGGGAACCAUGACUGCUGACAUCCGCGGGCCCCUUACGUUCGAGACAGGACCUCCACAAGACCGCCCAAUCCAAAGUCAUCACGACAAGUUUAAGAGGGUCCGUGACUUGCUUUACUCCAGCUGUGCAAGUGUGGAGGAAAGCGACGCACAUAAACGGGCCAUACGAAGAAGAGUAAUCAUGGCUAUAACCGGAGUCUGCCUCGUCGCUGCUCUUACCGCCUUCGUCGUUUCCAUGAUGAUAAGGAGCGGUCUGUUCAUGGUCGGGCAGUUCAGGACUGGCUUAUGCGAUACCACGAGCUGCACCAGCUUCGCCCUCACCGUCGGGCAGCAGCUCAACUCGAACAUCAAUCCUUGCGAUGACUUCGCGGCUUUUGUAUGCUCCGAUUGGAAACCAGUGCACCCGGGUUCGAAGAGCACAGUGGACGAUGCGCGCUACGAGUGGUCGAAGCGCGUCGUCAGAAUCCUUCGGAACCGGGAGAGUUCCGUAGUAGUCAAAGCAAAUGCAAUGUAUGAAGCCUGUAUCAGAGAAGACAAUGACGAGGAAUCUCUCAUACUCUUUCGAGAAUUCAUGGCUGACCGUGGCAUGACUUGGUCGCUAGCGUUUCCUAAGCAACUGCAUCCUUUCGACCUCCUGAUUGACUUGGCUGCGAACUGGCAGGUGAAACUUUGGUUCGAAAUAUCGGUAACGCCUCGCACGAGUUCGACACCCAGAAGGAUUAUCGUGGCGGAAAACAUAGACGUUGUAUUAUUUCACGACGGCCUAAGAAACGUUGAGGCUUCAGGGAAGUACCAGGAAUACGUCGAAGGAGUCUUGCACGGCCUUGGUCUGAAUGUGUCCAGGAUGUCUGUAAGUCGCAUCCGUUUGGUCGAAAUUGACAUCUUGACAUCUCUGAAGCGUGCCAUCGAGUCUGACUUGCGACACGCGGUAGUCACUCGGCUUGAAGACAUUGGCCAGCUGACACCGGCGAUACCUUCGCAGUUGUGGCUUUCUAGUCUCAACGAGCAUCUAGAACCGAAGAUACUAUUUGAGUUUCGCGAUGAAGUCGGUGCUCCGAACAAUGUCUUAUUGAAGAUGAUUUCGUCUUUUUUCACAAAAUACACGAGGGAAGAACUUCUUGCCCAUAUUAGCUGGCUGUUCGUACAAAAUUACCUCCCGUUAGUGAAAAGUUCCAUGAGACGAAGUAAAAACCCAGAAGAUGGUCAGCUUUUCAACGACCCUAGUUUCUGUCUUUCGACAGUCUUACGCGUUCACAAAACGCCCGUGGCAUCCGGUUACGUUCAGCAAAUGUUUAACCGGAGAGAUCAAGAUGAUGUUGACAAGCUCGUGCGCACCAUCGCCAAUGUAUCAACAAAUCUUGUGCACCGAAUGUUCCGCACCGACGCUGUCACACUGGGAAGCCUAUCUGAGAAGUUAUCCGCCUUAGAAUCUUCCAUUUGGCCAUCACAGAAAUACACUACAAUUGAAGCCUAUGACAGGUUUCCUUCCGAAGAGAAGUUCUUCAUAGCAUUCUGGAUCAAGUCGCAUGUGGCUUACAAAGCCCUCCGCAACGACCUUCGAAAGAUCGAAAGAAAGGACCUUUUAAAUCCUUUAUCCUCGGACACCGGGGAAUACGACUACAUCACGAACACUGUUAGGAUUGGUUUGAACGCUUUGCUGGAACCUUUGUUCUAUCACGACGGCAUUGCGCCACUGAAUUUUGGCGGCGUGGGCGCCAUUAUUGCGAGGCAGGUCGUCAAAGCGUUCGACGAACAUGGUAUCCAUCUAAAUGCCAGCGGGUACGCUAUGUCCUGGUGGUCCAAGAAGAGCUCUAAGCAGUUCUGGUCGGAGGUACGGUGCGACAAGCAUCUUUUCUACGAACUUAUUGCAAUGCAGUCAGCGUUCGAAUCUAUGAGGGCAGAAUUACGAAGACCCGAGUCUGGUUCGUGGUACAGCGGUGUGAAGCGUAUGGAGCAGUACACUCCCGAGCAGCUGUUCUUUAUCGCGUACUGUUAUUCGUUGUGUGGAAAUACUUCUCCCAAGAAUGUGACGCCGGCGUGCAAUUUAGUUCUGAAGGAGUUCUCGCCUUUCUCGAAGGCCUUCAAUUGUUCACCGCACUCGAAAAUGAACCUGAAGGACACCUGUGGAGUUAGCUCUGCGUGAUCCAUCUCGUGAUUCUUCCAACACGUGUUGUAGAGACGCAUUACGAAUUGUAUGGUUAUGUAUUAUUUUGCAGACAUGUAUUCUCGCGACGAAGCUUUAUCCGUUUUUGAAGACUCUUAAAAUACAUUUGACAAAUACAGUGUGUGAAACUCGUAUCAUCGAGCAUGGCUAUUUCGUCGAGGAUCACCAGGAUCUUUGGACAACAAAACGAAUGUGAAGACAUUUUAUGGAAAAUAAAAGUCGACCGCGUCA